AUGCCAGGCGUCACCACUCAAGUCGCUGUAAAGCGCAUCAGCGAGCCCAAGGUCGGCGAGAAUGGCUACACUGGCUUCCACCCGGGCAAGGUCGAUGUCUUCAAGGCCGGCAGCCAGCCUUUUGGCGCCGACACAAAGGCCCUGACGAGCGACAUCCAGCUCGAGCACGACAUCGAGAUUGUUGUCCGCGAUGGCGCCCGCCUGUAUGCCGACGUCUACCGCCCGCAUAACUGGGAUGGCGGCAAGAUCCCGGCAAUCCUGAGCUGGUCCCCCUACGGCAAGAAGUACAGCGCCCUGGACAUGCUCCCCAUGACCAUCUGGCAUUCCUGCGUCAGGAGGGACGACCUGUCCGGCCUGGAGAAGUUUGAGGGCUUGGACCCGGCGCACUGGUGCCCUCGCGGGUAUGCCAUUGUGUCCGUCGAUGCCAGAGGCGCAGGCAACAGUGAUGGCCACAUUGGCGUGCUGGGCACACAGGAAGGCGAGGACGGGCACGACGUCGUCGAGGCUAUUGCCGCCAUGGAUUGGUGCAACGGCAACGUCGGCAUGGCAGGAAAUUCGUAUCUAGCCAUCUCGCAGUGGUUCACAGCCGCUCAGGCACCGCCUUCCCUCAAGGCCAUCGCUCCCUGGGAGGGUCUCAGUGACCUGUAUAGAGAACAGUUCUGCCGCGGAGGCCGCUUCAGCAUGGACAACUUCGACCUCAUCACCAAAGAAAUCCUUCGCGGCAAGCCCUCUUCAGGCGUUGAGGACAUUGCUGAGAUGUACCGCCGGAGCCCCGUGAUCAAUGACUUCUGGCGCGACAAGCGCGCCGACUUCACCAAGAUCAAGUGCCCCGUGUAUAUCAAGGGAUCCGACGUCAGCGGCCUGCACAACAUGGGCUCGAUCAGGGCCUGGCUCGAGAUCCCGCACGAUCAGAAAUGGAUCCAGUGGGGGGCAGAGCAGGAGUGGUUCGAUCUGUACAGCAUUCCGCAAUCGAACGUGGACCUGGCUCAGUACUUUGAUCACUAUCUCCAAGGCAAGGACACAAAGUGGGUUGAGCAGACGCCCAAGGUGCGGUGGACCACGCUGCAGUACGGCGAUAGGAAGCCAACCCACGAUAUCAAGCUCGCCGGAUUCCCCGUGCCGAACACAGAGUACAAGGAGCUCUUCUUCGCACCGGACAGCCGCCUAGCCGAGUCGGCACCAGCAGGACCUGCCCAGAGAGUGUCGUACAACUCCGAGCAAAAGGGCUCGUGCGUCGAGUUCACACACACGUUCCCCACCGCGUCGCGACUCCUUGGUCUGCCCAAGGCCAUUCUCUACAUGUCCUGCGACGCGCGGGAUGACUUUGUCGUCUACGUGCAUCUGCGCAAGAAGGACAAGGACGGCAAGGAUCUCUUGCAUCUCAACUUCCCGAUCGAGCGGACGCCCAUCAAGAGCAUAAGCGAGCUCGAGACCAAGAACAUGCACGCCGUCAACACGCAUUCCGGCCAGCAAGGCAUUCUGAGAGCAUCCCACCGCAGGAUUGACAGGGAGAAAUCGAUCCACCCGCAGUUCCCGUUCCAUCCGCACGAGAAGCAGGAGAAGAUUGAGCCGGGCACCGUCGUCAAGUUGGAAAUCGGCAUCUGGGCAAUGGGGGUCGAUUAUGAAGCUGGAGAGAGCAUCACUGUCAGACAAAAGAUUGGUGGUCACAACUUCACCGCGGCGGAAUUCACAGCUUGGUCGCUGCCGAGGCCGGACCAUGAACUCAACAAGGGCGAGCACAAGGUGUACUUUGGCGGCGAGUACCCGAGUUCCAUCAUCCUGCCGUAUGUUGGCGCUCCGUAG